CUGAAAAGUAUCCACCUUGUUCUGUUUAUGUUUUUCUUAUCUUUGAUCUUGACAUGCUACUGUGAAAAUUUUGAAGUAGAUAAAAUAUUUCUGUAAAAAUGAGUGAUGCUGAAGCUCAAGAAGAGGAACGAGAAGCUUUGUUAUCAAUAUAUGAUGGAGAUUCAGCAUUUAAACAAUUAAAUGCAACUACGUAUCAAUACAAGUAUGGAGAAGAUAAUGAUCACCAAUCUUUUUUACUCGAAAUUUCAUGGAGUACUAAUUAUCCUACAGAAAAUCCAAUUAUCAACAUGAAUACUUUUUACAAUAAACAUAUAGUUCAAGAAGUUAAGGAUAAAAUAGUAAAACAUAUUGAGUUCGAAGCUGAACAGUGGUUAGGAAGUGCUAUGACUUACACUCUUUUUCAAUCAGUACAAGAGAAUCUUCCGGAAUUACUAAUUGACCAACCUAUUGCUAUAACUCGACUGGAACCUUCAACGUCUAAUCUCAAUGUUCCAGUUGUUAUAAAGAGUGAGAUUGGAAAGAAGCCAAAACAACAAUUAACAAAAUCACAAAAGAAAAAGUUAUGGAAUCGUUCGGAUGGAAAGAGUGAAAAUCCUCGAGGUUGGAAUUGGGUGGAUAUUGUGAAACAUUUAUCCCAAAUUGGAUUCAAAGAUAAUCAAGAAUCAUAGUAUAAUUUUUAUAUUCUACUAAUAAAUAUUUAAAAUAUUUUGUUUUACAAUAUUUAAAAUAAAUUAAAUUUCGAUUUUA